AGCCACUUGGGCCCAAGGCGCCCAGGGUCCGAGAACCUCGGUGCCGCGAGGUGUCUCUGAUGGACAGGCCGCCAGGCGGGCGCCGCCGCUUUUUAGACGGCGCAGGCGAUGACCGCGCCACCGUGCCAGGGCGCCGCGUUGCGGGACCUGCUCCGCCAGCUGGGCAGCACCUCGCAGGGGCAGGCGCUCCUGACGAAGGCCACACCCUCCAGGGCUCACGCCAGCAGGGCGCAGGCGAACACGGGCGCACGCCGGGCGCCCACUCGGCGCAUCCGCCGCCAGUGCCCCGCGGAGGCGCCGCCGCCGCCGGCGGAGGCCGACAACCGAGACAUCGAGGAGCUCCUGCGCGCCCUCGGGGAGGCCCCGCCGGCGGGGCAGCGCGCGAAGAGGAAGGCCAAGCAGAGGGCGACCCAGCUGGCUUCGCUGUCGGAGCAGCUGACCUCGGCGCAGUCCACGAUGGAGUCUGGCUCCGAGGCGGGGCUCGGGGUGAAGCUGGCCGUCAAGCUCACAAUGGACAUGGGGGAGGAGGCUGCCGCAGUGGAGUGCGAGCUCAGAGAGGAUGGCGAGGAGGAUCCGGGGGAGGACAUCAGCCUCGAGUUGCAGAUGAAUUGGCUGGUCAACUCGGUCCGGGUGAUGGACGCAGAGGAGGUCGACGCGGAAGAUGAUGACGACGAGUGCGAGUGGCUCUCGGACGCCUCCGCCGACCCCUGCGAGCCCUCUGCGGUGGCGGCGUCCUCGGCCGGCACAGGCGGCGCUGCGGCCUCCUCGUCGUCCGACGCCGCACCAGCUUGCCUGGCUGCUGCUGGCGCGGUGGCCGCGCUGGAGGCGCCCGCCACAGGGGUCGGAGGCAGCCCCGAAGAGACCUCGCCGUCGCUCCAGCAGGGCGUCGAGGACCUCGACUGCGUGGAGGAGGCGCCCGCCUCCGGGUGCAGCGGCGGUCCGGGGGUGCAAUUGCCGCCGCUCCGGCUGGGCGCCGAGGACCUCGACUGCGCGGAGGAGGCAGGGUCCAACUGGAGGAGGAGCCGCUCCCUGUCGGAGGGCGCCCGGCCCAGGCUGCCGACGACCUCGCGGGCGAGGUCGUCGUCGCGAGGCCCAGAGGGUGCGCCAGAGGCGCUGCAGCUGUGGCCCGACACGCCGGAGCACUCCCCAGCGCCGGUGGCGCGGCACACCCGUGCACACGCCCGUGGCACAUGCCGCGUCGCCGAGCAGCUGGCGCUGGAUGCCCAGACAACGCCCCACGUCGAGCCGCAGGCGCUGGGCACGCAGGCAACGCCCCACGUUUGGGUGCCGGUGCCGCUGCCCAUGCUGGCCCCUGUGCAGAGCUUCCUCGCCCGCGGCAGCGCCAUCGCCCACCGGCUGCCCGCUGCUGCGGUGCCCCCCACGUCGAGCGCCCCGCUUCAGGCCCGGUGACCUCGCGCCUUGGGCUGGCCAUCAGGGGCCCCCGUCAUUCUCCCUUCUCCGCCUUCGCGCAGGAGUGGGUCGGGCGGGGGGUGCUCUGCAAGAGUGCAGCGGGCUUCUUACGGAGGAUCGCCCCGUUGAAGCCCAGAUCAGACGCCCCACCUGGGGGCGGGGCCUUUGAGGCAUCCCUCCCGGCCCUGCCCCCUUUUGGGAGCCGCUUCUCUUCUUUCCCCGCGUCCGAAAUUCCAGCUGCCCUGUGCUUCUGGAUCCCGUGCAGGGCCCUGACCUCCUUCUUUCCGGCAGCUUGCCGGGACGCGGAGCUGCAACAGGACAGCGCCGCUUUUUCGAGCACCCAGCGCCCAGACAACCCUGGGGCUCGCAGAGCAGUCUUCCUUGCGCGGAGCGCCUCAGGAACGUGCUCUGCGCCCUCUCAGCUCUCGGGGCCCGGAAUCCAAGGCUGCGCCCUCGACCUGGCUUUGGUCUGCCGCCGCAUCUCUCACCAAAUAUGAUGAUAGCGAUCGUUGGAUGUGAUCUGUUUGUUGUGCCAUCGUGCGGACUGCAAUAGAUGCGGAUCGCGAUCUUUUGCAACCUUGCGCAGCCGAACGCCCUCUGCGUGGCGAGGGCGCGGGGGGCCUCUCAGAAGGCUGCCCCUGGUCCUGCCCGACCCUGCCCCUCGCUCUCGCCUUUCUCGCACUGCUUAGACUUGCCAGGUGCCCCUCUUCGAGGCUUGUGCAUACAUCUGCUAGGUUCUAGAUGCCUGACCAUCCGUAGCGGCAGUGGACUGCGAUUUUCUCCCAACGGGCGGUGGGAUUGUUCCUCCUGCUCUCCCUCCUCGUCCCCUGCCUUUCCCAGUGUUGCGAUCCAUCUCGUUGCUCCCUCUCCUUCCUUCCCUCGCUCUCCCCCGCCUCCCCCGCGGCUGCCUGGUCCUCUUGGAGGACCCGGGGGACUGCGGUCCGCGCAUGAGGGCCUGGUGGGUCUGGGGACGCGGGAGUGGAGCUGGAGCCGCGUCGCGUCCGUAAUAGCGUCUCUGCUCGAGCCGCGCUGCUCUGCAUCAUCCGAUCGUCUGGUGAGCAUCAAAGGGGAAAACGGGA